GUUUUGACACUGAGAAUGUCAGCCUUCGCAGCGUCUGCUUCCUGCCAACGCUCGCGAGUGUGUGGGCGCCGACGGUGGUUGCUCAGCAACAGGACGGAGCGCCUUUGCGCUUGGGCUCGUAACGCGGGUGCCGCCCGCCAAGCGCUGGCCUGUUUGAGAAACAAGCGCACCCGACUCUGCAGUCUGGUCCUCGGAGUUGAGGCGGGGGAGGAGGAGGAGGAGGAGGAGGAAGAGGAGGAGGCUCGGAGCUUCUGCAUUGUUUUCAGCACCACUGGCCCGACCGACCUUCACCAGCACUGCCAGCACAGCCGCCGCGGCGCUUCUGUCGGCCCGAGAGGUUUGCCUAAGCAGCGUCUCAACGCGGCAUCUUUGAGGAAGGAAGUAAGGAAGGCGGCGUGCAAGGAAGGAAGGAAGGAAGCAUUGUGCGGCGUUGGCGCGGAGAUGACGUCGGUAGCGGGCGAGCUGGAGCACAUGGAAAUCCAGCAGACGUACAACGAAGGCGUCAACAACCGCUGGGACGCCGACGAUUGGGACAAUGAGAACAGCUCGGCCAGACUCUUCGAGCGCUCGCGCAUCAAAGCGCUCGCAGACGAGCGCGAGGCCGUGCAGAAGAAGACCUUCACCAAGUGGGUCAACUCGCACCUGUCCAGGGUUUCCUGCCGCAUCACCGACCUCUACGUCGACCUCCGCGACGGACGCAUGCUCAUCAAGCUGCUGGAGGUCCUCAGCGGGGAGAGGCUGCCCAAACCCACCAAAGGCCGCAUGCGCAUCCACUGCCUGGAGAACGUGGACAAGGCCCUGCAGUUCCUCAAGGAGCAGCGCGUCCACCUGGAGAAUAUGGGCUCGCACGACAUCGUGGACGGCAACCACCGCCUCACGCUGGGGCUCAUCUGGACCAUCAUCCUGCGCUUUCAGAUCCAAGACAUCAGCGUGGAGACGGAGGACAACAAAGAGAAGAAGUCGGCCAAAGACGCUCUGCUGCUCUGGUGUCAGAUGAAGACGGCCGGGUACCCCAACGUCAACAUCCACAACUUCUCCACCAGCUGGAGGGACGGAAUGGCCUUCAACGCCAUCAUCCACAAACACAGACCGGACUUGAUCGACUUUGACAAGCUGAAGAAGUCCAACGCGCACUACAACCUGCAGAACGCCUUCAACUUGGCCGAGCAACACUUGGGCCUCACCAAGCUGCUGGACCCCGAAGACAUCAGCGUGGACCAUCCCGACGAGAAGUCCAUCAUCACCUACGUGGUCACGUACUACCACUACUUCUCCAAGAUGAAGGCGCUCAAGGUGGAGGGCAAGCGCAUCGGCAAGGUUCUGGACAACGCCAUCGAGACGGAGAAGAUGGUGGACAAGUACGAGUCCCUGGCGUCCGACCUCCUGGAGUGGAUCGAGCAGACCAUCAUCAUCCUCAACAACCGAAGGUUUGCCAACUCGCUGGUGGGCGUCCAGCAGCAGCUGCAGGCCUUCAACACCUACCGGACGGUGGAGAAGCCCCCCAAGUUCACGGAGAAGGGCAACCUGGAGGUGCUUCUGUUCACCAUCCAGAGCAAGAUGAGGGCCAACAACCAGAAGGUCUACACGCCCCGCGAGGGAAAACUCAUCUCGGACAUCAACAAGGCGUGGGAGCGUCUGGAGAAGGCGGAGCACGAGCGCGAGCUGGCGCUGAGGACGGAGCUGAUUCGCCAGGAGAAACUGGAGCAGCUGGCGCGCCGCUUCGACCGCAAGGCCGCCAUGAGGGAGACGUGGCUGAGCGAAAACCAGCGGCUGGUCUCGCAGGACAACUUCGGCUUCGACCUCCAAGCCGUGGAGGCGGCCACCAAAAAGCACGAGGCCAUCGAGACGGACAUCGCCGCCUACGAGGAGCGCGUUCAGGCCGUGGUGUCGGUGGCCAAGGAGCUGGAGGCGGAGAGCUACCACGACAUCAAGCGCAUCGCGGCCCGGAAGGACAACGUGAUCCGCCUGUGGGAGUACCUGCUGGAGCUCCUGAAGGCGCGCCGGCUGAGGCUGGAGCAGACGCUGGGCAUGCAGAGGGUCUUCCAGGAGAUGCUCUACAUCAUGGACUGGAUGGACGAGAUGAAGAUGCUGCUGCUGUCCCAGGAUUACGGCAAACACCUUUUGGGCGUGGAGGACCUGCUGCAGAAGCACGCCUUGGUGGAGGCCGACAUCGGGAUCCAGGCGGACCGGGUCCGCAACGUCAACGCCAACGCGCAGAAGUUCGCCGGCGACACGGACGGCUACAAACCUUGCGACCCGCAGAUCAUCAGGGAGCGCGUGGCCCACAUGGAGUUCUGCUACCAGGAACUCAGCCAGCUGGCGGCCGAGCGGCGAGCGCGGCUGGAAGAGUCGCGCCGCCUCUGGAAGUUUUUCUGGGAAAUGGCCGAAGAGGAGGGCUGGAUCCGCGAGAAGGAGCAGAUCCUCUCCUCCGAGGAUUACGGCAAGGAUCUGACGGGCGCUCUGCGGCUGCUGAGUCAGCACAAAGCCCUGGAGGACGAAAUGAGCGGGCGCGCCGGCCACCUGCAGCAGACCAUCAAGCAGGGAGACCAGCUGGUGGCCGAAAACCACUUCGGGGCCGACAAGAUCAAAGAACGCGUCCGGGACAUCCAGGAGCAGUGGGCGGCGCUGGAGCGGCUCUCCGCCGUACGCAAGUCUCGCCUGCAGGAGGCGUGCAACCAGCACCAGUUCCAAGCCGACGCCGACGACAUGGACACGUGGAUGCUGGACGCGCUCCGCAUCGUGUCCAGCGUGGACGUGGGCCACGACGAGUUCUCCACGCAGGCGCUGGUGAAGAAGCACAAGGACGUGGCCGAGGAGAUCGCCAGCUACCGGCCCGUCAUCGACGCCCUGCACGAGCAGUCGCGCACGCUGCCGCCCGAGAAGGCCGACUCGCAGGAGGUGCAGAGCCGCCUGGCGGGCGUGGAGGAGCGCUACAAGGAGGUGGUGGAGCUGGCGCGCCUCCGCAAGCAAGCGCUGCAGGACGCGCUGGCCUUGUACAAGAUGCUGAGCGAGGCCAACGCCUGCGAGCUGUGGAUCGACGAGAAGGAGCAGUGGCUCAACGGCACGGACAUUCCCGAGAAGCUGGAGGACCUGGAGGUGGUCCAGCACCGGUUUGAGAGUUUGGAGCCCGAGAUGAACAAUCAGGCCUCGCGGGUUGCCGUCGUCAACCAGGUCGCCAGGCAACUGAUCCACAGCGGCCAUCCCGGCGAGAAGGAAAUCAAGUCCCAACAGGACAAGCUCAACACCAGGUGGAGUCAGUUCAGAGACCUGGUGGACCAGAAGAAGGAGAGUCUGAGCUCUGCCUUGGGAGUGCAGAACUACCACCUGGAAUGCAACGAGACCAAGUCCUGGAUCAAGGAGAAGACCAAGGUGAUCGAGUCCACCCAGGACCUUGGCAACGACCUGACGGGCGUCAUGGCGCUGCAGAGAAAGUUGACCGGCAUGGAGCGAGACCUGGCCGCCAUCGAGGACAAGCUGGGCGACCUGGCGAAGGAGGCGGAGCGGCUGUCCUCCGAACACCCGGAACAGGCCGAGGCCAUCAAGGGACGCCUGGACGAGAUCACCGCCGUGUGGGAGGAGAUGAAGGGCUCCAUGAAGAACCGCGAGGAGUCCCUGGGCGAGGCCAGCAAGCUGCAGCAGUUCCUGCGCGAGUUGGACGAUUUCCAGUCGUGGCUGUCGCGCACGCAGACGGCCAUCGCGUCCGAGGACAUGCCCAACACGCUGGCCGAGGCCGAGAAGCUGCUGGGCCAGCACGAGGGCAUCAAGAACGAGAUCCGCAACUACGAGGAGGACUACCAGAAGAUGCGCGACAUGGGCGAGAUGGUGACACAGGGCCAGACGGACGCCCAGUACAUGUUCCUGCGCCAGCGGCUGCAGGCGCUCGACACGGGCUGGAACGAGCUGCACAAGAUGUGGGAGAACAGGCAGAACCUUCUGUCGCAGUCGCACGCCUACCAGCUCUUCCUCAGGGACACCAAGCAGGCCGAGGCCUUCCUCAACAACCAGGAGUACGUGCUGGCCCACACCGAGAUGCCGACCACCCUGGAGGGCGCAGAGGCGGCCAUCAAGAAGCAAGAGGACUUCAUGACCACCAUGGACGCCAACGAGGAGAAGCUCAGCGGCGUGGUGGACACCGGACGGCGCUUGGUCGCCGACGGCAACGUCAACACCGAACGCAUCCAGGACAAGGUGGACUCCAUUCACCAAAGGCACAAGAAGAACCGAGCGGCGGCCAGCGACCUCCUCAUGAGGCUCAAGGACAACCGAGACCUGCAGAAGUUCCUGCAGGACUGCCAGGAGCUGUCCUUGUGGAUCAACGAGAAGAUGCUGACGGCUCAGGACAUGACGUACGACGAGGCGCGCAACCUCCACAGCAAGUGGCUCAAGCACCAGGCCUUCAUGGCCGAGCUGCAGUCCAACAAGGAAUGGCUGGACAAGAUCCAGAAGGACGGCAACGCGCUGAUGGCGGAGAAGCCCGAGACGGAGGGCGUCGUGCGAGAGAAGCUGGCGUCCCUCAAGAAGAUGUGGGACGAGCUGGAGUCCACCACGCAGACCAAAGCCAAAUGCCUGUUCGACGCCAACAAGGCGGAGCUGUUCGCGCAGAGCUGCGCCGACCUGGACAAGUGGCUGGCCGAGAUGGACGGGCAGCUGCAGUCCGACGACUACGGCAAGGACCUGACGUCCGUCAACAUCCUGCUCAAGAAGCAGCAGAUGCUGGAGAGCCAGGUGGAGGUCCGGCAGAAGGAGGUGGUGGAGCUGCAGAGCCAGUCGCACGACCUGAGCCGCGAAGGUGAAGGCGACGGCUCGGACGAGGCGGACGGCCGGCGCCGCGGCGUGGAGAGCAAGUUGGCGGCGUUGCAGGAGCCGCUCAAGAGCCGCAGGGACAACCUGAUGGCCUCCAGGGAGAUCCACCAGUUCAACCGCGACGUGGAGGACGAGAUCCUGUGGGUGGAGGAGAGGAUGCCCCUGGCCACGUCCACGGACCACGGCCACAACCUCCAAACGGUGCAGCUCCUCAUCAAGAAGAACCAGACCCUCCAGAAGGAGAUCCGGGGCCACCAGCCGCGCUACGACGACAUCUUCGAGCGCAGCCGGCACGUCCUGCGGGACGAGCGGCCGUCGGGCGAGCCCAUCCGCCGGCGGCUGGACGAGCUGCGUGCGCUGUGGGAGCGGAUCCGAGAGGAGACGGAGAAGCGCCACGCCCGCCUGAGCGAGGCCCACGAGGCCCAGCAGUACUACUUCGACGCGGCCGAGGCCGAAGCCUGGAUGAGCGAGCAGGAGCUUUACAUGAUGUCCGAGGAGAAGGCCAAGGACGAGCAGAGUUCCGUGGCCAUGUUGAAGAAGCAUCAGAUCCUGGAGCAGGCGGUGGAGGACUACGCCGACACCGUCCACCGACUGUCCGCCACCAGCCGAGGCCUGGUGGCCGCCGAGCACCCCGACAGCGAGCGCGUCGGCAUGCGUCAGUCGCAGGUGGACAAGCUGUACGCCGGGCUGAAGGAUCUGUCGGAGGAGCGGCGGGGGAAGCUGGACGAGCGCUUCCGCCUCUUCCAGCUCAACCGGGAGGUGGACGACUUGGAGCAGUGGAUCGCCGAGAGGGAAGUGGUGGCCGGAUCGCACGAGCUGGGGCAGGACUACGAGCACGUCACCAUGCUGCAGGAGCGCUUCCGAGAGUUCGCCCGCGACACGGGCAACAUCGGGCAGGAGCGCGUGGACGGCGUGAACCGGCUGGCGGACGAGCUGAUCAACGCGGGCCACGGCGACGCCGCCACGGUGGCCGAGUGGAAGGACGGCCUGAACGAGGCCUGGGCCGACCUGCUGGAGCUGAUCGACACGCGCACGCAGAUCCUGGCCGCCUCCUUCGAGCUGCACAAGUUCUACCACGACGCCAAGGAGAUCCUGGCGCGCAUCCUGGACAAACACAAGAAGCUGCCCGAGGAGCUGGGCCGGGACCAGAACACGGUGGAGACGCUGCAGAGGAUGCACACCGCCUUCGAGCACGAUAUCCAAGCGCUCGGCACGCAGGUGCGCCAGCUCCAGGAAGACGCCGUCCGCCUGCAGUCGGCGUACGCCGGAGAUAAAGCGGACGACAUCCAGAAGCGGGAAGGAGAGGUUCUGGAGGCCUGGAAGAACCUGCUGGAGGCGGCGGAGGGCCGGCGGGGGAAGCUGGCCGACACGGGGGACAAGUUCCGCUUCUUCAGCCUGGUGCGAGAUCUCAUGCUGUGGAUGGACGACGUCAUCCGGCUCAUCGAGGCGCAGGAGAAGCCGCGCGACGUGUCGUCGGUGGAGCUGCUGAUGAACAACCACCAGGGCAUCAAGGCCGAGAUCGACGCGCGCAACGACAGCUUCAGCGCCUGCAUCGAGCUGGGGAAAGCCCUCCUGGCCCGGAAGCACUACGCCGCCGCCCAGAUCAAAGAAAAGUUGCUGCAGCUGACGGACAAGCGAAAAGAGAUGAUUGACAAGUGGGAGGACCGGUGGGAGUGGCUCCGACUGGUGCUGGAGGUGCACCAGUUCUCGCGGGACGCGGGCGUGGCCGAGGCCUGGCUCCUGGGCCAGGAGUCGUACUUGUCCAGCCGCGAGAUGGGCCAGAGCGUGGACGACGUGGAGAAGCUCAUCAAGCGCCACGAGGCCUUCGAGAAGUCCGCCGCCACCUGGGAGGAGCGAUUCGCCGCCCUCGAGAGGUUGACCACGAUGGAAUUACUGGAAGUGAGAAGAAGGCAAGAGGAAGAAGAGAAGAAGCAGCAGCCGCCGAGCGCCGAGGAGUCGGCCGCCGCCGCCGCCGCCGGGCAAAGGGACGGCGAGGCGCCGACCCAGAACGGGCUGAGCAGCGAGCUGGACUCGGCCAGGGAGGACGGCGGCGUUGCCGAGGUGGCGAACGGCGCGUCGGAGCCCGCCGCCGCGGGGUCGCCCGAGGCGGCCCGCGAGGCCAAAGGCGGCCAGACGGCGGCCACACUGCCCGUCGGCGGCCGGCGGGAGGCGCCCUCCACCGCCUCGCAGAUGGAAGGCUUCCUGCACCGCAAGCACGAGUGGGAGGCCCACAACAAGAAAGCGUCCAGCAGGUCGUGGCACCACGUCUUCUGCGUGAUCAACCAUCAGGAACUGGGCUUCUACAAGGACGCCAAGAGCGCCGCGCAGGGCAUCCCGUACCACGGCGAGAUCCCCGUCGGGCUCAAGGACGCCGCCUGCGAGGUGGCGCUCGGAUACAAGAAGAAGAAGCACGUCUUCAAGCUCAAAGUCACUGACGGCAACGAGUAUCUCUUCCAAGCCAAAGAUGAUGAGGAGAUGAACUCGUGGAUCUCCACCAUCUCGGCGGCCAUCCUGGGCGAGAAGGGCGAGGUGACGCCGAGCGGCCACAGCACGCCGGCGCCGGCGGCCCGCGCCCACACCAUGCCGGCCUCGGCGAGUCGCUCGACCACCGUGCCGGCCUCGGCGUCGGCCGAGGUGGCGGCGGCGGCUUCGGCGGCGCCGGCCGAGUCCAGCCCCGGCAAGCGCGACAAAGACAAAGAGAAACGCUUCAGUCUGUUCAGCAAGAAGAAAUAAACGCUAACAGUCAGCUUGUCUUUUCCCUCCUCCUCUUCUUCCUCUUCCUGUUCCACUUCCUGUCGGUCCCUCUGGUGCUGAUUGGCUCGUCCCGGGUUGGCUCGGAGUCGUUAGGGGUCGUCUAGCGAACCCUCUGGAUUUGACGCCGCUCGUAGUCGUGACACUUUCAAAUAUGAACGAGAAAUGAUAACAAUAGCCGCGUUCGUCUCGUGUAACUUUUCUGGACGCCGCUGCAGCUUCCUCCUCUUGCGCUUCUACUUCCUGUUCCUGUUUGUCCUGUUCUAACGCGAGCCACUCCAGCGCGUCCCUUGGAGCCUAAAGUCUUCGUCCACUCUGUGCCUAACAAACGUGCACUCGGGCUCAGAGCUUCAAUCCUGCUGCAAAUCAGGAUUUUUUUCUGUUUUCUGGUCAUAGUUUCCUUCGGGUCCAGUCCAGGGUUAGUUCAGUUUAUGUCCUGGUUUUAAUCCUGAUUUGGUUCUUGUCCAGUCCAGUUCCAGGUUUCUUCUAGGUUUGGUCCACUUCCAGUUAAAGACCUGCUGAACUGAAGUGAGACUGAAGACUCAUUGUUCAGACCAACUUUAUUCUAGGUUUGAUCCAGCCUUAGUUUUGGUCCACGUUUAAACCUUUUAAAACCAGGUUUAAGACAUAAUUUAAUUCAGAUUUGGUCCUUUGUUUCUACCGGAUUUAGUUUAGGUUUGCUUCUGGUUUAGCUGAUUUGAUGACUCAAACCAGGUUCGGUCCAGGUACAAAACUGUUUCAAGCGGGUUUGUCCAAAUUGAAUUCAGAUUUUUUAAUUUUUUUUCUUUUUUUUUUUUACCCAAUCCAUAAUCCACCUUUGGUCCUGAUUGAGGCUUGUAGGGUUUAGGUUUUUGAGUGGUCCUGUUCUGACGUGGUUUGGUGGUGAUCCUGUUCGGCCGCUGUUGGUCUCGCUUGGCUUUUGAAGCGUAUGUACGUAAAUUGUGUAUAAGAAAAAAAUACUAUGAGGUAUUCGCGAUGCUAUUAAUCUGCUUGCUAAACAGAGACCUUGUCGAGUCCAAGUUUGGUCCAGUAUUAAUCCGGAUUUGGUCCAAUCCUGGUUGAAUUCUUGUUUAGUCCAAAUUGAAUCCGGUUUUGACCUUGUUCUGGUUUAAUCCUGGUUCAAUCCACUUUUUGGUCCAUUUCGGAGUCCAGUCCUGGCUCUGUCUAGAUGUAAUCCUCGUUUAGGGCAGGUUUAGUCAAGGUUUUACUCGAAAUUCCUGAAAAUGUACAAGUUGUGUAUAAAAAAAACAAAAAAUACUAACUAAAACUGCCGUAUUCUGGGCUCUUACUAACAAAUCUGCUCGAGGAGGAGAGAAUGUCGACCUCCCUGGCGAGUGCGAACCUUUCCAAAGUUCUUCUGGUCGCGUUUCCAAUCACAAAAGUCGCUCGACGCUUCUUGCUUGCCGUUUGUUUUCUCUUCGCUUUUUGUUUUCGUUCUUUUUUUUGUUGUUGUUUGUUUUCCUCUCCUCCAAUGAGCCGCUGACUAGAGCGAGUUCCUACUCCGCCUGGCAACAACACAGCCAAUGAGAGGCAGCCUGGUUUUGGUUGCGCUUGUUUUCGACACACGACUGACACUGUUUUGUUUUUUUAUCUUAAAUUUGUUUUGGUUUUUAGCGUGUAGUUCUGGAUGUGCACUGUGGUGACUGUAACCAUAGUAACCGGCACCGAUUGGUCGUUCGUGGCAAUGACGCCGCGACGGGGGUUUGUGCGGCUGUGGGUUUAGGGGUCGUGACGGGGUCUUGAGGGGGCCACCGCUAGUUGGAUGUGCACCUGUCGACUCCCCCUCUCCCUUCUCCCCCUUUUCUCAUCCCACUCUCUCUCUUAUCACUCUCUCUCUCUCUCUCUCUCUCUCUGUUACAUAAAUGCAAAAAGCCAUUAAAAUGCUUUUAAAACA